GUUUACGAAACAGUUUUCCUAAAGUUUUCACGAUUAUUGCGACGCGCGGAUUCAAUAAGUUUUUGUUCAACUCUUCAAACAUCCACGAGUGAUGCCUGAUCUCGUUGAACCAAUUGUGAGCAAACCCGCGGAGGAACAGGAUAAGAAUGAAAAAGCUCAGGACGAAGAACGCAAAAGACGACGCUCCGUGGAAAGCAGCAGCAGUCCGCCAUCGAAUCGCUUAAAAUCGGUAGUCACUCGAAGGAAUGAUGUUAUAGAGGAAGGCGAAGUUCGUUCUGACCUUUCACAUUCCCGUUCACGUUCACGUUCCCGUUCGGAUACUCGAUUAUCUCGCGAUGACGAACGAAGUAAAGAAAAAGGUAGUAGCACAAAUAGAAGGCGCCAAAGGAGCCGUUCGCGGCACCGCUCCCGAUCACGUUCCCGUUCCCGUUCUCGUUCUCGUUCACGUCCUCGGCAUAAGGAGAGCCGUAGAAGAGACCGCAAACGAUCCUACUCGCGUUCCCGAUCUCGAUCUCGAUCACGUCCUAGGUACCAUCGAAGCCGUAGGGAUGAUUCACCAAGGCGCAGGGGAGAAUAUCCGAAUGCGGAGCGUAACCGGCCGGCCCUGGCGGAUCGCAAAGAGGAAGGUGACGAGGUAUUGCUCCGCAGCGAAAAACCGGCGAUUCGCAAAACGGUCGAUUUGUUGACAUCCAAGACGGGUGGAGCUUACAUUCCGCCAGCCAAACUACGCAUGAUGCAGGCAGAAAUUACGGACAAAACAUCGGCAGCAUACCAACGUAUUUCUUGGGAAGCGUUGAAAAAAUCCAUCCACGGAUUCAUUAACAAAGUCAAUGUGGACAACAUUGGCGUUAUCACACGGGAGUUAUUGCGCGAAAACAUUAUUCGUGGACGAGGCUUGCUUUGCCGAUCGAUCAUUCAAGCUCAAGCCGCAUCGCCUACUUUUACGCACGUGUAUGCGGCCCUCGUUGCCAUCAUUAACUCAAAGUUUCCAAACAUUGGAGAGCUGCUCCUAAACCGACUGGUGAUCCAAUUUAAGCGAGGUUUCCGACGUAACGACAAAGCCAUCUGUCUGUCGGCAUCUCGCUUUGUGGCCCACCUAGUGAACCAACGCGUUGCUCAUGAAAUUCUUGCCCUGGAGAUUCUCACCCUCUUGGUGGAAAAUCCAACCGAUGACUCGGUGGAAGUGGCGAUCGCCUUUUUGAAGGAGGUGGGUCAAAAACUGACGGAGGUGUCCGGAAAGGGUAUCAAUGCGAUUUUUGAGAUGCUGAAGAACAUCCUACACGAGGGUAAGCUGGACAAGCGUGUUCAAUACAUGAUCGAAGUAGUGUUCCAGAUUCGUAAGGAUGGUUUUAAAGAUCAUGUGGCCGUCAUCGAUGCACUGGAACUGGUGGAGGAAGAUGAUCAGUUCACGCAUCUCAUCAUGCUGGACGAAGCAACUGAAACUCAGGACAUUCUAAAUGUGUUUAAGGUGGAUCCAGAGUACGAGCAGAACGAGACGAAGUACAAGGAGAUCAGCAAGGAAAUCCUCGGCAGUGACGCUGAAGAUGACGAUGAGAAUGAUGGUAGCGGCGGUGACUCAUCGAGUGGUGAUAGUGAUUCGGACGACGAUGAAGAAGGAAGUGAUUCGGACGGUGAAGAAGGAGGUGCAAAGAAGCAGGAUGCUAUCAUUGACAAUACCGAAACUAACCUGAUCGCCCUGCGACGUACGAUCUACCUGACGAUUCACUCUAGUUUGGAUUAUGAAGAGUGUGCCCAUAAGUUGAUGAAGAUGGAGUUGAAACCGGGACAAGAACAAGAGCUUUGUCACAUGUUUCUUGAUUGCUGCGCCGAGCAGCGCACAUACGAAAAAUUCUACGGUCUGUUGGCGCAACGGUUUUGUAUGAUCAACAAAAUCUAUAUUGGCCCGUUUGAGCAGAUCUUUCAGGACACUUACUCUACGACACACCGUCUCGACACGAAUCGUUUACGCAACGUGAGCAAAUUCUUUGCCCACCUCCUGUUUACCGACUCCAUCGGUUGGGAUUCGCUGCAGUGUAUACGGUUGAACGAAGAGGAUACGACCAGCUCUAGUCGUAUUUUCAUUAAAAUUCUCUUCCAAGAAUUGGCCGAGUAUAUGGGACUGGUAAAGUUGAGUGCCCGUCUCAAGGAUCCAACCCUUCAAGAACCCUUCUCGGGGCUUUUCCCGCGAGACAAUCCCAAAAAUACCCGCUUUGCCAUCAACUUCUUUACGUCCAUCGGCCUUGGCGGGCUGACGGAUGAAUUACGUGAUUUUCUGAAGCAUGCACCAAAACCGGUCAUCCAACCGCUGCCGGCGGCUCCAGCAGUUUCAGGCAAGACGAAGGACUCGAAUAGUUCCGAUAGUUCCGACAGCUCGGAUUCUUCUUCCUCUUCGUCGGAUUCGUCCUCGUCGUCUUCGAGCGACUCUGACUCGGACAGCAGCAGUUCGGAUUCUGAUAGUGCACGAAAAAGGAGGCAAAAGAAGAAGGAUAAAUCUUCAAAAACUGGCAAACACCAGAAGCAAAAAGAAGGCAACACAAAAAAGGACUCAUCGAAGUCAAAACACAGUCAGCAAAAGGAAUCCAAGAAAACGGAUGGAAACCGGUAUGACAAAGAAGACAAAAAACGUACCGAGGUCAAACGGAGCGAACGUGAAGCGCAACACGUAGAACGCCAACGAGGACGGCAUGACGAACGCGAGCGCGAACGUGGGUAUGGUGGACACGGGGAUCCUUAUGCAAGACGGCACGAAGAGAACAGAAGGGAUGAAUACCGCGAAAGAGACCACCGCCAGCACGAUCGCAACCGCCAACACGAUCGCCAUCGUGAGCAGCGUGGGAAGGAACGUGAUGAUUAUUAUGAUCAACGUAACGAUCGACGUUAGAUUCACCCUGAUCCAUUGUUCUAGCGCGUACGGUUCGUAUUUACAUGCUGCAUAUGAAAUAAAAACUUAAUUUUAUUCAA